AUGGGAGGGGCAAGCUCAUUCGUUGCCCUGCUUGCCAUCACCGGCUUCUUGGGUGCAUCCUGGACGGCAUCCAAAGUAUCUCAGGCCAUGGGCAUCUCGGACAUCGUCCUGGUCAUCGCGACGGGGGUGCUCUUGGGCCCUGACGUGGGCGGCCUCAUCAGCACCGAGUACUCGCAGUGCUCUCACGCCCGGCACUCCAAAGAGUGCGAGCUGCACGACCUGUCCUCGCUGACGAAUCACCUGAAGGCCGUCCAGGAAAAGGGUAUCUGCAAUCCCGAGGACUAUGAGGACCCUCACCAUCGUCGUCUUGCAGGGGGCGGCAGCUACCACAGCUACGAGGAGUGCCUUGAAAAGAGCUGCCACGCCGAGAUCAGCCAUGAUUGCCAACUCACUCCCGACGUCUUCACCCUCAUUGGCCAUGCCGGUGUCGCGCUCAUGAUCUUUGAGAGCGGCAUGCACUUUGACUUUCAGAAAGCAAAGGUGGUGGGCCUGAGAGCCUGCAUCGUGGCGGUCUUGGGGACAUGCUUGCCCUUGGUGGCCGGGACCCUGCUGACCAUGGCCUAUGGGAAGCCCUUCUUCCCUCAUGGCGUGGCGGUGGGCACCGCCCUGGCGCCCACCAGCGUGGGCAUCGCGCUGCGCCUGCUGGGCGAGGCGGGGGUCUUAAAGGAGAACUUCGGACAGGCCAUCAUCACCGCGGCCUUCGUGGACGACAUCCUUUCCUUGAUCCUCUUUAACGUGCUCUUCUCCUUGGGCGGAGAGUUUGAUGUCGUUGCGGUGGUGGUGAACCCGGUCGUCGGAGUUCUCCUUAUGAUUUUUGCCACGAUCUUGGCACUGACAUUCUGGCCCAAGUUCAUCAACGGUUGGUUGCUGCCCAAGGUACCCGUGAAGGAGGGUGCAAAGGUGGCUCGGACAGACGAGGUGCUCUUCUUCCUGAUGUUCGCCUUGCUGAUCGUCUACGCCGUCAUCACACACUUCCUCGGAACCCACUUGUGGGGCUGCUUCAUUGCAGGCAUGUCCUUCGCGACCCUGGACCCACCCCACCAUGCUCAUCACGUCUGGGUCCGGCAAACCAAACGGGUCACCUCGUGGAUGAUCCGAAUCUUCUUUGCCUGCACCGUGGCCUUCUCGAUCCCCAUCACCCAGCUGCUCUCGGUGGAGGCCUUGUGGAAAGGCAGCAUCAUGGGCGUUGUUGCCUGCAUCCUGACCAAAGUGUGCUGCGCGCCCUUCAUGGGCGACGCCAAGUGGGUGAUUGGCUGGGCCAUGGUCGGGCGGGCUGAGUUCGCGUACUUGAUUGCGCAGAUGGCCGCAGCAAACAACAUGCUCGACGAGGAGAUGUUCUCCAUCGUGAUAUGGGCUCUGCUCUGGGCCACCAUCUUCGCACCCUUUGUGUUCCGCUUCGUGCUGAACCGGUACAUUAAAAGAAACGGCUUGGAGGACUUGCCUGCGAACAAGUCCUUCUUUCAAAGUGGGCCGCCUGAAAAGCUUUGUGGACCGGGCCACGAGUCAAAGGAGGCAACACCGGAGCCUCUGGACCUCGAAAUCUCUCCCCAGGUCACCAUGGAACAUCAGCUGGAGGCUGGUGUGGACUCUCUCAAGCCCGAGCGUCCUCUGGCGGACGGACUUGUGCACCCCUCUGAUACAGGACUCAGUGACCGGCAGACAAGUGCGGGCACGGCAGCCUUCAGUGACCGACGCACGAGCGAGGGUUUCUCGGACGGCGUAGCAAGCAGGACUGCGCUGUGA